UAGUUGCCAAUUUUCUAAAACUGUAGACCCCAAACGCUGAGUAUAGAAAUUUCCAACGAGGGAAAACAAGAGGCUAAAGCCCCCGGUUUUGGGUAACUCGGUCUAUGCAGCCCAUCGUAAUGUACCGAGUCUCGGAGCCUGUCUAACUCGGUCUCUCUUCCUACGUUGCCUAUUCUAAUUCACCUGCCCCUAUAUAUAUAUAUACACACGCCCGUGCAAAUUAUUACAUAAAAUUUUAUAUAAUCUUCCUGGAAAACCACAAUUUUUUCGAAUUCAAGGAGCAUUGAAAGAAGAUUUUUCCUGAUGGGGCGUUGGAUGAAGCCAGAGGUCUACCCACUAUUGGCGGCAAUGACAUUCGUUACUGGUAUGUGCACCUUCCAGCUUGUGAGGAACAUACUCACCAAUCCUGAUGUCAGAGUUAACAAGUCUCGUCGUAGCAUGGGAGUGCUUGACAACAAAGAGGAGGGAGAGAAGUACGCUGAGCAUGGCCUCCGCAAGUUCCUGCGAACGCGCCCGCCGGAGAUCAUGCCUACCAUCAACCACUUCUUCUCGGAAGACAAAUGAACAUAUAUAUAUUCAUGAUCAUCAUUUUUAAUAUCUCUUUGUAGUGCCCUGUGUGUGUAUUUUAGGGGGGAAAAAAAUAGAAUAAAUGAUCAACCCGAAAUCUUUGUACCAGCUGCUAAGGGUUCGGCUUGAAUGUAACAGUGAUGGUUUGAGUCAUAUAGUCAAUUUCGUCUACACGCUUCAUUAGCAA